AUGGUUUUACUGCAGCAGGAUGAAGCGCGAUGCCGCGGCUGUUUACGCGAAGAGAGUGUUGAAGAAAAUUCCGCGUCCUCUUCGCCGCUACCUUUCCAGCUUCUCCGCGACAUCACCGAUACCAAGUCUUGCGAUUCCUUGCCCACUCAGGUGAACUGUGCGAGUCGGUUGUAUUCAAUCGCCGUCAUCAUGUCGGAUGUACCGAUGUACGAUACGGCCGGCUACCAAUCAUUCGUCCACCAACUCGACCCCCGCAUCCGACCUCUGAGAUGCACAAAGGAGCAUCUGGAAGGGCGAAAACACACCAUCAUUCGUUUCACGACCCAGUUCUACAAGAACAAUGAACAACUCGGUCAGUCAAUCACCCGCAGCGUGGUGGAGUUCUUCUGGAUCGACGAGAUAUGGAGGCUGUACCCAACGGACCACCCCGAGAAGCGCCGUCUGAUUGGCCAGGCGCAUUCUCCAAAGUAUGAGGUUUACUGGCAGAAACGACUCGAUGCCGAGGCCUUCAAGGCCAAGAGGGCGCGCCAGAGCUCUGCAGAGUUCUGGUCCUUUCCUCGCCAACUCAGUAACGAGGAGCAGAAAGACAAGGGAGUCGUGCUUCUGGGUAACCAUGAUUGGGAGUAUAUCCUUCCAGAAGUUCAGCUCAUGCCGCUCUACCACGUCUUCUUCUUGGAACUUGCGAAGAAAGUCAAAGCCGCCAAUCCGAGGAAGUCUUUGACUAUUGAGCUGAUGAGACGUUUGUGGCGCCUUUUGAUCAGAGAAGUCUACGACUUCGUCAAUGAGGCGGAAAUUACGGCAAAGAUGGAAGAGGCCAAAGCUGUGACGGACGACGAGUUUGAGAAAGCAAUGAGGGUUGUUCCAGAAACAUUGUCAAAGAAGCGUAGGAUCUCUCCAGAGAGUGACACCAAAGCCGAUCCUAGCGAGAGCCAAAGUCAACAGUCGAAGAAGAAGAGGACCGUCAGGUUGGCGGAAACUGACGGCUCAGGUAGCCAGACCGGAGCCAACAAAUCGGAGCCCGAAUCCUCCACAGGACCCAAAUCGUCAGCGGUAACAAACGGGCAUCAGACCACAGACCUGGCCACCGCAGAGCGGCAAGUCGCAGAGCACUCGCGUGCAAAAGAGUCAGCGGACCGAAGAUGGAGUAGCCAACACGGUCAGCUGCAGGCCGCAGAGCGAGACGCUCGCGAGUUGAGGAAGGCCAGGCCGGACUUGGCGUACCACAUGAAAGCGAGGAAGGAUGCGGAACAGAAGCUGAAGAGCCAGCACAGCGAGCUGAAAAAGGCCAGAGACAAGGUCGCCGACCUGGAACACGAGCUGAGGACGGAGAAGGGCAGGGCUGCUCGGUUGGGAGCGUCGUUGGCGAAGGCUGGAGUUGGAUCCGGAGGCGAGAAGAUCACGGAGGCGGGGGGGAUGGCCUUUUACGUAUAG